AUGGCUGUUGUUUUCUGCCUCGGUCAAAUCCUCAUCUCAUUUCCCUCCAGAACCACAAUCUCUCCCCCUGCCGAUGUUCUUCAAGUCGUAUUCCUUCAGCGAGGGAACCGCCGAGUCCAUGUGUUGGGUGCAGGAGGCUUGUCUUUUGGGGAUCUCAGCGAGAUUCAAAGCAGGUUUGUUGGGCAGUUGUUGGGGCCUGUUGGUGGCUGUUCGACUCGGAUGACAGAGGCCAAAUUUUCUGAUUUGGAAGAGUCGUUGAUCAAACUUCAAGCAUUCGUUAUCACAAAGAGUUCAACACAUUCUCAACUCCGUGCAUGUGUUUUCAGUCGGUCGAAGGAUGUUCAAACGGUUCUUUCUGCUUUUUCUGGGGCAGGUAUUGAUAUCCUGCCAAUUUGGAACUACAACCAAAGCCUUUUCUUUGACAUACCACUAUUUACGUCAAGCGAUCAUCAACACGUACAAUCUGAAAAUUUCAGAUGGCUCCAGCCAUACCUCUUCCAGUGCAAAACAAAAUUAAAAGAUCACCAACUGAGCGCCCUCAGAUUUCUGAAGAAGAACGAGUCAGAGGGAGACACGAUUUCACAAGUCUGGAAUCACUCAGACAACAACUGGAUCAGGAAUAAUGUAGGAGAUUGGACUGAACCGCAAACUAGCAGUGAAGAUCGGAGACCACGAGGAUCAAUACUUGCGGAUGAUAUGGGGCUUGGAAAGACUUUGACCGCAUUGAUGUUUAUUCUAGCGACUAGCCAAUUGGGCGUAAAUUUUCGGCAUUCUAACAUGGACGGGACAGCAGCAACUUCUGCGGCCACACUUAUCAUAUGUCCUCUGGCGACCCUAUCUAACUGGGAAAACGAGAUCCAUAUACAUUUUAGGGCGCAAGCAAUACCGUACUGUGUCUUCCACGGCUCAAAUCGCGAAGAGAUUAAAUAUGAGCAGUUUCUAUCUUCAAUGGUUGUGUUGACAACAUAUGAGAUGAUUGGAACAGCUGGGAACACCUCAACCAGCCGGCCGAUGAUCGAGAAUUUGAAUAUUAAUUGGUUCAGGAUAGUAUUAGAUGAAGCUCAUAUGAUCAGGAACCGGGGUUCUACGAGGACCCAGCUUAUCCAACGCCUCAGAGCCAGAUUUUUCUUAUGUCUAACUGGGACUCCCCUACAGAACCGCUUGACAGACCUUCAAAGCCUGGUACAACUGCUGAAGAUCCAACCGUGGAGUGAAGAAUGGAUAUGGAAGAAUUUCCUGAUACCAAACAUAAACGUUCUGGUUCGUAAUGGUAGAUUGCAAGAUGAGGAAUGUACAAGGUUCGGAUCUCGAACGAACUCCAAGUUCGAAUUCCAGUCCUCUACAGCUCAUAACAUAAACCGGCUCAUGGAGGAAAUAUGCUUGAGGAGGACGAAGGAUGUCUUGUUGAACCUGCCGCCAAAGACGGAACGUGCCGUGGUAGUCCAUCUUAGCUCCGACUGGUUGAAAAUAUCGGAGGAACUGCAUCAGACUUUUGUCACGAGAUUCGGAAGAUUCAGAUCUUCGGAGGAAGGUUGGAAUUUUGGUGAAUUUUUCCGGCAACUUACACGGAUUCAACAAUUCUGUAAUCACCCACUUUUUGCAAGGGAGGAGAUUGAUUAUAGAGGGGAAUGGAGAUGGAAUCAGUCUGCGAAGGCGGUUCACCUUGUCGCUAAACUCAAAGAAUUGGCUGGUCAAGGAAGUUACGGAAGAACACCAAAGUCAGUGGUAUUCUCAAGCUAUGUAGGCUUCUUGAAGAUGUGA